AUGGCGUAUCCUCACCCCGAAUCUGCUGAAGCCAAAAAGAGAUCUCUGCAUGUUCGUGCUCGCUGGGUUGCUACUGCUGAGCCUGGAGAUCCGGACGUCUUGGAGGAUCGUGUCAUCUCUGUGGACCUUGCAAGUGGGAAGAUCACGGCGCUCACCCCUGCCAGUGAAUUCUCGGGCACGGCAGAUAUGCAUUUGACAGAUCAUCUUGUGAUCCCCGGCCUGGUCAAUGCGCACACCCACACUCCCAUGUCGUUGCUCAGAGGGUAUGCAGAUGAUUUACCACUCAACGAAUGGCUGUUCCAGCACAUUUUCCCAACAGAAGGCAAGUUUGUUUUCGAUGCGCCGCUGGAGGAAGCAGAGGAGUUUGUUCGAUUGGGUUCAGAGCUUGCUUGUUACGAGAUGCUGAAAACGGGAACGACUCUCUUCAACGACAUGUAUUUCCACGGUGAUGUCACUGCCAAUGUUGCUCGCAAGGCAGGCAUGAAAGCCGUCCUCACUAAGGCUGGUCUGCUCUUUUUUGGCGAUGAUGCUUUAUUCAGUGAACUUGUCGGUUCAAACACGAAGUUCUGUGCAGAGCUCAUUUCCUCAGAGGACAAGGCCAUCAGGCCGUCGUUGCUACCGCAUUCUGUAUACAUGGUGCCUAAAGAGAAGCUGCAAGAGGUCAAACAGGCCUACGACAAAGCUUGCAAUGGCGCCCAUGUGGUGAUCCAUACACACGUUCAUGAAACGAAGAAGGAAAUUGCGGAUGUCUUCGAGAGAACCGGACAAUCUGCACUGCAAAUUUUGGACGACCUUGGCAUGCUGAACAGUCGCACUGUGGCAGCGCACUGUGUUCACAUGACUGACGAGGAGAUUGCCCUCAUGGCCAAAUGCGGGGCCAGUGUAGCACACUGUCCAAGGAGUAACUUGAAGCUAGGUUCAGGUAUUGCACGGACGGCAGACAUGUUGAAAAAUGGUGUCAACGUCUGUCUUGGAACGGACGGUGCAAGCUCCAACAACACUUUGGACAUGCUUACAGAGAUGCAAUACGCAUCAAUGGUCGCAAAGGGCUUCACCGGGGAUCCCACGGUGUUGUCCGCAAGGGAAGUCUUGGAAAUGGCAACGCUGCGUGGCGCCCGAGCACUUGGCUUGGAGGCGGAGACUGGGUCCAUCAAGGUUGGAAAAGCUGCAGACCUGGUUGCGGUUGACCUUGGACGCCUUGAGGCAUCCCCGAUCUAUGAUCCUCUGGGCCAGCUUGUUUACACGAACAGCCGCCAGGUCAGCCACGUGUGGAUCGACGGUAAGUGCAUCGUGCAAGAUGGCACGGUCUUGACCUUGCUGUCAAUGGACAUGUCUGCCAUUGAGCCUCCCGAGGAGGAAGCUGCAGAGCCUGAGCCGGUGGAGGGCGAUGAGACCGAACUGGUCACUGGCCUCAAGCUGCCGCUCAAACCAAACGACGUCGGUCGAAUCUGGGCGCUGCAAGACUAUGCUGCACAGUCUAAGAUCCUCACUGAGCUCUUGGGCCUCGAAGGCGCGCAUCCCAACGUCGCUCGGAGGGAGAUCGUGUGCGACUUCCACCUCUUCAACCUUAGCCACGCGAAGAUGUUGUGCUUAACCCAGAGGCAAGGCGCCGUGUUCCACGCAAUCAUGACCGUGAUUCUGGACAUGGCCAAACAGGGCUCCGAGGACUCCGAGGCUCGGAUGCUCUACAUGGCAGCUGCUGCUGGUCGUAUCGCGGCUUUGAAUGUUGUGGCUGCUACUUGCUUCGACACGCGAGCAGCGGCGGAGUUCGCAGCCAUGAAGGCAUGCGUUUUGCAAGGUCUGGUCACAGUUGUCCAAGGUCUUGCGAUCUUCGGUGCCGGCGAGGCCUUGUGCAGUCUGUCAAGGGAGAAGCAUCGCUUUGGUCCAGUGGUGGGACCCAACAAGGCCAGAAGGCUCACCGACUACGCGACAACGACGCUAUUCAAGCUCCCUGCCCAGGGAAGCCCUCCGGGGGAGCUUGUGGAGGCAGGCCCUGACUUGCAGGUGCCGUCUUCCAGGGCCUCUUUGACGAUCUUUCGGCCACCCCUGCUUGCUCUGUUCGCAAUCGGUGUUACGUUGUGCUUCGCUGCAGAGGGGACCCUCCUCAUCAGAUCUUCCAGCACCGACCUCAGGCAGGUUCUAUACGAAGACAGCACCUUUGAAGUUGCUGCUGGCCCGUUUGAAAUUCUGCUGAGCCGGUUCGGCCGACAAUGCUCUGCCAUCCUCCUUGCCUCGAGCUCCUUCCAGCGUGUUGCUCACGUUGCCGUUAUGGCUUGCAACUUCCUUUUCGCCGGGGUUCCACACGCGAGCCCUUUGGAGCCCGACAUCCUCUUGCAUGACUCCUAUGCUGAUCAGGUGGACCCGCUGGAUUCGGUACGCGUCUUCAACUGCUACAAGUCUGCAACCUGCGACCGCAUGAUAGGAGACAGGAGGGCCAGGAAUUUCCGGGAGGAGCCCUGCAAGGACCUCCGAAUAGCCAUCACAGAUCGUAAAGAUUUUUAUCAUCAACUUGCGGCCGAGCCCCGGAGGGCCACCUCGCGAGGACGGUCCCUCCUUGUUGAGCCCGAGGUUGCGACUUGUGCCCACCGCAAUUUUCUGAUUGAUCGAGGGCUGUUGCAAGAGGGCCAGGAGGGCGAGGAAAAGGCCCGGGUGGCAGGUGCGGAGCUGCAGGCCCGUCAGGCAGGCAUUGUGACGGCAGGAUGGCUCUCCUCCUUCCUUUAUAGGAGGCCCUUGAUGGCUGUGUUCUUCAAGGCGUUUGCUCUGGUGGAUGCCUCUCAGCUGGAGGCACUGGCCCCCGUGCGAAGAAGGCACUCCUCUCGACUUUGUGCCUUGCUGUGCCUCGCGCCCUUUGGAUCUUCGAUUUCAAUGUCUUCAGGUCGGUGUCAGACCACUUCCCUGUGCGAUGCCCUCUCUGCUCGCGGUUGGGUCGUUGGCCAUCUUGGGCUCGCCUUUUCUCCUCACUAUGAUUUGUCGUGCCAGACUUUCUUCUUGUGGCUCCUUCACAUGCUUGAGACCAGUGGCGUCGACGCUCUCUAUUUCCGACCCCCGCGUCCACUUUUUCCCGGGCGGCUCGGCCGCCUCUUCCGACUUUUCGUGAGCCUUUUGGCUCUUCUGCGGAUCCCAAGCUGCGGCUUGGCUACCUGCUUGCACAUGCCUCACUCUGUCUUCGUCAAAGCGACUCGUGUACGGGCCCUUUGCCUGCUGGAGCAGCCUGGAACGAGCCUCAUGAGGCGCCUCCCCUCCUGGCAGCGUGCAAGCAGCAAGCCUUAUGUCCUUGAGGUCUUUACUUCCGUGGCCCAGCCUUCUUAUCCAGCCGGCUCUACUGUUUCUUGGCGCACCGCCUUGCUGCCAAAGCUUUUGGGGCAGAGCGCCCCCGAGCCCCUGCGUUUCAUGCCCCAGCUUAAAGGGGCCCUCUGCACUCCGACGCUCGUUGAGGCUAUUGCUGACGUGUUCUCCCGAGGCCUGCGAAAGAAAAUCCUGGCAGGGCGGGCUUUUGACUGUGAUGCCUAUGGGCUUGAGAGAGUGCUUGUCAACGAUGUUGCGCUCUCCCUCGACUCCCUCGACUGGACUCUCACCUCUGCGCGGGACCACGAGUCGCAUAUCAGCUGCCUUGAGUCGUCUGCCUACCUUAGGUGUGCCAUUGGCAAAGGCCGUUCGCGCUCCAGGGCCCUCACGAAGGUGGAUCAGCCGCAACUGGUGCAAACUAUAAUCUUGGCCUUUAGCAGCAUGACCAAGUGGACCAAGGAUCAACG